AUGACCUCUCUCAUAGCUGCUCUGUUUCUAAUGGAUCACAUUGUAUCUGCAGUCUCUCAAUGCACUGUACCUGACUCUGAGUUUAGUCUGGCUGGAGAUUUUUUAAUUGGAGGACUUUUUGAUGUUCAUGAUGUGACUGAGGAGGUUUCUCAUCUUUUGCCUGAUGCCAUCGACUGCUCAAAACAGCCAUUCAGUUUGUCCAACUACCGGAGGUUUCAGGUCAUGAGAUUUUGUAUGGAGCAGAUCAAUAACUCCACACAGAUCCUCCCUGGGGUCACUCUGGGAUAUGAGAUCUUCGACCACUGCUCAGACACCAGUGUUUUCCCCGGGAUCUUUGACUUUAUGUCAGUGCAUGAGUCAGUGCAACCCUGGCCAGGGCCUCAGGGGCUAAAUGUGCCUAAAGUCCUAUCUGUGGUGGGAACCUUCACCAGCACCAAGACCCGCACUAUUGCACCGCUCCUCACCAUGGACUUUAUUCCUAUGGUCAAUUAUGGCUCCUCAAGUUCAGCAUUCUCGGAAAAAGCUAAAUAUCCCACACUCCUGCGCACAGUGCUUCCAAAUCAGUGGAUGGUGGAAGUAAUCGUCACCGUCCUACUUCACUUCAGAUGGCACUGGGUGGCUUUCCUCAACGAUAAUGGAGACUACGGCACAGAUGGCGUUGAUUUAUUUGGGAAAGCAAUUAAAGACACUGAGAUUUGCCUGGCUUACAACAAAGAAGUAAACAGUCUGACCAACCAUUCUGAAAUAUUCCAGCAGAUAGAGACCCAGAAGAUUAACGUGAUUAUAGUUUUUACAGAAGAACGAAUUGCUACAAUGCUCAUCAGGGCAGCCUUAAAUCUCAAAGUUAAUAACAAGGUGUGGUUAGCUACAGACGCAUGGGCGUUCAAUAGGGGGCUUAUGGAAACACCAAACAUAGACUCUAUAGGAACUGUGAUUGGGAUAGCUGAGCCAGAGACAAAAAUACCAGGAUUUUACAAUUUUAUUUCCUCUUUAAAACAUGGCCAUGCACAGUGUGAAGUGGGUGAAAAGCGAGUUUGUAACCAGGUGUGUGACUGUAAUGAGCUGAGACCAGAGGACAUCUUUGAAGCAGAUCCAUCCUACUCCUUCCCUGUAUAUGCAUCCGUGCAUGUGAUCGCCCACGCCUUACACAACCUGUUGCAGUGUGGGAGGGGCCAGUGUAACACCAGUAUGACCAUUUACCCAUAUAUGGUUCUGAAAGAGAUGCAGAAGUCCAACUUUACUUUGAUGGACCACAACAUUCAGUUUAAUGAGAAUGGAGACCCAAAGUUUGGUUACUACUCUAUUGUUUUCUGGGACAACACAAAGGCAGAAGAAGUCGGCUAUUACAAAAUCUACCCAUCUGUUGAUUUUUACAUCAACAGCUCAAAGAUUCAGUGGUACACGGAUAAACAGGUGCCAUCUUCACUGUGCUCCUCGGAGUGCCCUGCAGGCCACGCAAGGCAACAGUUUGGGCUCCAUACAUGUUGCUUUAACUGUGUGUCUUGUCCUAAUGGAACCUACAUCAACAGCACAGUGGACCCCUACACUUGUGUCUCCUGUCCCGCAACAGAAUGGUCCACAUCAGCGAGCAUCUCCUGUCUCCCCAGAUUGGUUGAGUUUGUCUCAUUUGAAGAUGCUGUUGCCAUAUUGAUCAUGUUUGGGACAGUGUUUUUUGUGGUCCUGUCUCUCCUGACCGCUGUGCUCUUUGGCCUGAACUACAACACUCCAGUGGUGAGAUCUGCUGGUGGUCCCAUGUGUUUCCUGAUUCUAGGCUGCCUCAGUCUCUGCAGCAUCAGUGUCUUUUUCUACUUUGGCAAACCAAAAGAAUCUUAUUGUAUUAUGAGACUUUUACCAUUUGUUUUGUUCUACACAGUGUGCUUGGCUUGCUUUGUCGUGCGCUCCUUUCAGAUAGUCAGCAUCUUUAAAAUAGCUGCUACAUAUCCAUCAAUACAGAGGUGGUGGAUGAAAUAUCAUGGACAGUGGUUGGUGAUCGCACUUUCUUUUAUACUACAACUGCUGUUACUUCUGAUUACGUACACAACUGCAUCUCCAAAACUUUAUAAUGAAACUGUGUGGUACCCCAACCAGAUUGUUCUUGGUUGUGAGACUAGUUUAACAGCUUUUGGUGGUUCAAUGACUCUAUUUGUUAUCCUGUGCUUCCUCUGUUUUGUCUUCUCAUACAUGGCAAAAGAACUGCCAAAGAACUACAAUGAAGCCAAAGCUAUCACAUUUUGUCUUCUUCUGCUGGCACUGACCUGGAUCAUCUUCGCCACUGUCUUCAUUCUCUACCGAGGCAAACACCUGCAGUCACUGAAUGCUCUAGCUGUGCUCUCCAGUCUAUAUUCUUUCCUUUUAUGGUAUUUUCUUCCAAAAUGUUGCAUUAUACUUUUCCAACCUGAGAAAAACACACAGCAGUACUUCCAGGGUUUAAUACAGAGUUACACAAAAACGAUAAGCCAAUAA